UUUCUAUCUGAGCGUCUCUCUUCUGGCAACAAUGAUUCUUUAGUGUACUGUUUGUUAUGUAACUUCCGCCAUCCCUCCACGAAAAAAAAAAUGGCCUCACUGUUUUCGUGUUGUCUGGGCUGUUGUGGGGACGGAGGCUCGGGACAUGUACCCCUCAAAGAGAUGCCAACAGUUCAGCUGGACACGCAUCAAAUGGGAACGGAUGUGGUCAUCGUCAAGAGCGGCAGAAGGAUAUGUGGGACCGGAGGUUGCCUAGCCAACGCCCCUCUCCAUCAGAACAAGAGCUAUUUCGAGUUUAAGGUUCAGUCUACGGGUGUGUGGGGAGUGGGCGUGGCCACUCAGAAAGUGAACCUGAACCAGGUUCCGAUGGGUCGGGACACUCACAGCCUGGUCCUGAGGCAUGACGGCUCCGUGUACCACAACAACGAGGAGAAAAACCGCUUGCCUGCCAACAGCCUUCCACAGGAGGGAGAUGUUGUGGGUGUUACGUAUGACCAUGUGGAGCUGAACCUGUUCCUCAAUGGGAAGGACAUGCAGUGUCCAGCUACUGGCAUCAGAGGGACUGUGUACCCAGUUGUUUAUGUGGAUGACAGUGCCAUCUUGGACUGCCAGUUCAGUGAUUUCUACCACACGGCUCCGCAGGGCUUUGAGAAGAUCCUGUUUGAACAGCAAAUCUUUUGAACCUAUACACACACACACACACACACACCCCCACUGUAUGCCUCUUUCUGUAAUUGUCUACUCUAGGUGACUGGUGUGAGUGUUAUCUGCUGUUGUUCUGGCUUGUUGUGAUUGGUUGGGAGUGACUGUUGACUUUUUGCUCAUUUUAGCAGAGCUGGGUAACAUCAGCAUGUUGGGUCUGUGUGUGUGUGUGUGUGUGUGUGUGCACGUGGUGAGCGUGCGUGCGAUUUUCAAGGGCGGCUGGGCCACACCUGAGCCAGGUGUCUCAGGCAGGUGAACUAUCUGACCUGAUGAAGUAGGGGCCGGAAUGAAAAUCAGAGACGCUCCGCAGCCCCCCCACCCCACACACACACACACACACACACACACACACGGCACC